CGCCCCUGCAGAGCUGGGCGCCGGGACGGAACCGGACUUGCUUUCCUCUGCGGGAUGUGAGGCUCUGGGGUCGGUCGUGCUCUGCGUUCGCCUCGGUCUUCCCGGUCAUCCCGCGGCCGCCGCCGCCGCCGUCCCCGAGUUCCCCGUGCGCACGCCGAGGCCGGGCGGCCGGGUCCGUGAGGCGCGCGCCCGCGUGGUCGCCGCCCCUCGGAAGCCUCCGGGGCCGCACACGGGUUCGCUACGGAGGGAGGCGGGGGCCUGCGGGAGGAGGCGGAGGAGGAGCGAGGGAAGAUGGCGGCCGUGGAGCUCGAGUGGAUCCCCGAGACGCUCUACAACACCGCCAUCUCCGCUGUCGUGGACAACUACAUCCGCUCGCGGCGCGACAUCCGCUCCUUGCCGGAGAAUAUCCAGUUCGACGUUUACUACAAGCUUUACCAGCAGGGACGCUUAUGUCAACUGGGCAGCGAAUUCUGUGAAUUGGAAGUUUUUGCUAAAGUUUUGAGAGCAUUGGAUAAAAGACAUUUGCUUCAUCAUUGUUUUCAGGCUUUGAUGGAUCAUGGUGUUAAAGUUGCUUCUGUCCUGGCCUAUUCAUUCAGUAGACGGUGCUCUUACAUAGCAGAAUCAGAUGCUGCAGUAAAGGAGAAGGCCAUCCAGGUUGGCUUUGUUCUAGGUGGCUUUCUCUCCGACGCUGGCUGGUACAGUGAUGCUGAGAAGGUUUUCCUGUCCUGUCUUCAGUUGUGUGCUCUACACGAUGAGAUGCUUCACUGGUUUCGAGCAGUGGAGUGUUGUGUGAGGUUGCUUCAUGUGCGAAAUGGAAAUUGCAAAUAUCAUUUAGGUGAAGAAACAUUUAAGUUAGCUCAGACAUACAUGGAUAAGUUAUCAAAACAUGGCCAGCAAGCAAACAGAGCUGCUCUCUAUGGAGAACUAUGUGCGCUCCUGUUUGCAAAAAGCCACUAUGAUGAGGCAUAUAAGUGGUGUGUGGAGGCAAUGAAGGAGAUCACGGCAGGCUUACCAGUCAAAGUGGUGGUGGAUGUCUUAAGGCAAGCUUCGAAGGCGUGUGUAGUAAAACGUGAAUUUAAGAAGGCAGAACAGUUAAUUAAACAUGCAGUGUAUUUGGCACGAGAUCAUUUUGGAUCCAAACACCCAAAAUAUUCUGACACACUGCUAGAUUAUGGGUUCUACUUACUCAAUGUAGACAAUAUCUGUCAGUCUGUUGCAAUUUAUCAGGCAGCCCUCGACAUUCGACAGUCAGUGUUUGGAGGCAAAAAUAUUCAUGUAGCAACAGCUCAUGAAGAUCUGGCUUACUCUUCCUACGUUCACCAGUACAGCUCUGGGAAAUUUGACAAUGCACUAUUUCAUGCAGAAAGAGCCAUUGGUAUCAUUACCCACAUCCUACCUGAAGAUCAUCUUCUAUUGGCCUCUUCAAAGAGGGUGAAAGCACUUAUUUUGGAGGAGAUUGCGAUCGACUGUCACAACAAAGAGACGGAGCAGCGGCUGCUUCAAGAAGCACAUGACUUGCACCUGUCCUCACUCCAGCUGGCCAAGAAAGCCUUCGGAGAGUUUAAUGUCCAGACCGCAAAACACUACGGCAACCUUGGGAGACUCUAUCAGUCAAUGAGAAAAUUUAAGGAAGCUGAAGAAAUGCACAUAAAAGCCAUUCAGAUUAAAGAGCAGCUUCUUGGUCAAGAAGAUUAUGAAGUAGCCCUUUCAGUGGGACAUCUGGCAUCUUUAUAUAAUUAUGACAUGAAUCAAUAUGAAAAUGCUGAGAAAUUAUAUUUGCGAUCUAUAGCAAUUGGGAAGAAACUGUUUGGUGAAGGCUACAGUGGACUAGAAUAUGAUUACCGAGGCCUCAUUAAACUGUACAACUCCAUUGGAAAUUAUGAAAAAGUAUUUGAGUAUCACAAUGUUCUGUCUAACUGGAACCGAUUGCGAGAUCGACAGUAUUCAGUAACCGAUGCCCUUGAAGAUGUCAACAGCAGCCCCCAGUCCACCGAAGAAGUGGUGCAGUCCUUCCUCAUGUCUCAGAAUGCUGAGGGACCAAGCUGCUGAGGGACAGCCUCAGCUAACAAUUACCUUUCCCCAGAUUCCGGGGAAUUCAUACUGUGAAAUCAAAACCAUGUUGUUUUGGGGCUGGUAUUUGCAUUGAAACACUGGUCCGGUCCAUGAAGACCCUCUUCGGGUGGUCCUGCAUUGCCGUUCCUGUAGAGUAAGCAUAUAUUGAGUUGUAUCAGCAUGUGCCGCGUGUAUGAGUAGUCCCGCAUUCUCACCCCAUUAGAACAGCAGGAGACCUUCCCCCCUUUUUAAAAAAUAAUUCAUUUUUCAGAAAGCCUGAAAGGAAAAAAAAAAAAAACCUAAAUAAAACUAUUUAAGAGUUUAAAAGAGUUGCAUUCUUCUUAUGUAAGGAUGAUUUUAACAACUUUUUAACAUUCUUCCAUGUGGAGGUAUUCGAUACUGUAUUGUAAAGAAAUUUUAUGGAAGACUCUUUAUAUGCAGUAUAGAAAAGUAACACAGGUACUAAUAAAAAGGAGGGCAUCCUGAUGUGGAUUUGGCCAUCUUUCCCAGAUCAGUGCUUACAGCCAUUCCAGAACUGUAUCAGGGAAGGACUGUCAGAUUCAUCUGACUGGACCAGUGUUGAUCUGUCAGUCAUAACACCAGGUGGACCAGCAGCUCAGCUCUUACUCUUGGUUUCUGGUACAGCAGUGAGAUGCUCUAACAGUGUUUGCGAACAUAACAGGACCAGAAGGCCUAAAAGGACCAGGCACCUGUGGAAGGUAGUUAUUUGGACCAGGGACUUUAGAUUAUUAUUUUAGUCACUGCACUUGCCUUUUCCAGUAGGAUAAUUUCAUUUAGAUAGAAUGCAAAGUAUUAAUACAAGAGUUUUAUUUGUAUCAUAGAUACCAAACUAUGGUAUUGGGCAAUGUCAGUGGCAAAUCUUCAGUCAAGGUACAUAGAAGCAAGUCUGUAACUGUCUGCUGCAGCCACCCAUUUUAAUCUUUGCCCUAAUACUCCAUGUUGCUAACAAACAUACCGGCUAAGAGUCGUGAAAAUGAUUCAUGUUCAGAUGAGAAUUUUAGGUUUACUCUGUGGGGAUUAAGAAGAUUGAAUGCACAAAAAAUAAGUCUUAGAGAAUCUUCAUUUUUAUGGGAAAUAAUAGUACAACUAGUCAUUUUAACUGAAACCCAGGAGUCGGGUGGAAAGAUCCAACUAUAAUGUCUGAUUUUCUAAUUUUUUAAAAACUAGCCAGGUUAUUGAAUGUGGAGCUAAUACUCAAUUCCUAAGUUGUGUGACAAUGUAACAAGAAGAAACAAAAAGAUCUUUUGCUGUUACCUCAAUUCUUAGCACAGAGGCCCAUCUGGUGCCUGUGUAGUUAAGAAUCUGGGUGUCUCCCCUAUUUUCAGGGGUUCCUGACUUGGGUGUUAGAUGCAUUGCUCCUGGCAAUGCUUGGAGUGGUCUGUAAGUUGAGUGGAUGUGUGUCAAACUCUGUUCUUUAGCAUGCUUGUUGGAUAAGGGGAAAACAAAGUUAUCAUGUAGAGUACAGAAACAGUAGAGACUACAGAAGUUAUCUUAAACAUUUUUUUUAAACUUUCCAAUUUUAAUUUUGUUUGAAACUGCUAUUUGCAGUCUUAGUGAUAAGCCAGUGUGUUUAGGUCCUUAGAAAGGAACUUACUGGGGAUAUACCCAAGUAGAUGAGACAAGCUCACACCCUAAGAUAACAGCUUUGGGUCCAGAGACUUGAAUUUAUUUAUUCCUCUAACUGAAUUUCUUUAUAAAUUCUUCAAAGAAUAAAUCAGUAUGUUAGCAGUUUAUGCAGCUGGCCCCCUCCCAGUUAAUUGCGGUCUUUGUCCAGUGGCACCCUUUAUAACCAAGUAGUCUGUGUGACCAGGAGGAGCAUUUCUAAGUUCCUGAACUCUAGCUACACGGGCCUAUAUAUUUAAUACCUCCAAAGACAUUUUCAAGAUAGGCUUUGUAUACUUUCAUUGGCUUUUUAGAGCCCUGUGGUAUGUUUGUGGUAUAGGAAUGUCGUGCUAAAUUGUUUUUCAAUAAAUAUUUUGAAACUUAAGUUUCCACAUGAAUUAUUUUUAUUUAAUCUGAAUUUUUGGUGUUAUGCAUAUACAGCGUUUUGUAUAGUUAGUUAACUUAAGGACUCAUCCCCCUUAACUCAGUUUAAACUUAACUCAUAGUUGGUGGUAAAGUAACAUGAUGUUUAGAAGCCUGUGGUCACAGGGCGAUGAUGUCAGAUGGUAACCACCCCCACCCCAGCAUCAUUAUUGUCAGUUGUUCCAUCUUACCAUUUCCUUAAUUAUAGUUAUCUGUAAGUUCGUAAAAGUUAAUCUAAUGCCUAUACUCUAGCAAUCUGUUUGGUUUUUUUGGGGGUGGGGUGUUGGUUUUUUAAGACAGGAUUUUUCUUUGUAGUUUUGGUGCCGGUCCUGAAAUUCACUCUGUAGACCAGGCUAGCCUCGAACUCACAGAGAUCAACCUGCCUUUGCCUCCUGAGUGCUGGGAUUAAAGGUGUAUGCCACCACCACCUGGCACAAUCUGUCAUUUUAAAUGAUAUGAUUCGAUACGUUCUGAUUCUACUGAAAAGUAAUGCCCUAAUAACUUCAAGUGUAGGAUUUAUACUUUAGCAAGAAUGUUUAGGAUGAGGUAGUGAGGAAUGCCACCAUGAUUUGACUUUUAUACAUGAAAUUGGGGUGUGGUAACAUAUAUCUGUAAUCUCAGUAUUCAGCACACUGAGUGAGAUUCUUAUUCCUCAACUAGGAAUCUCAAAGGAAAACCUGAAUAAAAUUUACCUCACAAUAAUCAAUAGCUUGCAUGUAAUUUUAAAUAAGGCCUAUGAUCUCACCCUCCCCUGAAUUCUCUUAUUCCUAAAGCUUGGUGCUACUCCAGUUGGGGGCAUUGGGGAGCUCAUGCAUGACACAGGUGAGUCACUUGCAUUCAGUUUAAUUGCACCAACUGUGUUUUUAGUGCAUAAUAUUUAUGGGUCCUCAAACUAGACUUUGCCCUGAGGAUUUUGGACCCUUUCUCCAUCAAAUCUACAUUCUUUUUUAAAAAGCCAACUCACGCUGGGCAGUGGUGGUGCACGCUUUUAAGCCCAGCACUCGGGAGGCAGAGGCUAGUGGAUUUCAGUGAGUUUGAGGCCAGCCUGGUCUACAGAGUAAGAUCCAGGACAGGCACCAAAACUACACAGAGAAACCCUGUCUCAAAAAAAAGCCAACUCACCAAUACCCUGCCCAGAUAUUCCUGCAUUGUGAAAAUAAAAAUAUUUUUUAGAAUAAACAGUUUUAAUAAAGACCUUUGUCCUAGACGGAGAGAAGAGCUCAUAGUCUCAUGAGCAUUAAGUACAGAAAGCUGUACGUGGUGGCACAAGCUUUAAUCCCAACUACUCGGAAGGCUGAGACAGGAGACUCACUUGAGAUCAGCCAGGGCAACCUAGUGAGACCCCGUCUCAAGAAAUGAAAUGGGAAGUGCGCAGCCCCGAGCAUGGUGUCUUGGGCCUGCCCUUGAACUUGUCUUUGUAGGGCAAACAGCUGAGCCUAAAUAAUAGGAUGCAAGCUUUUGGCCAAAACUUUGAAAAAUCCAAGGGUGGUUUGCCAAGUAUCAGGUGUUGUUAACCACCACUUUUUUUUUUUAAUGUUUUCCCCUAGGGUUUUUAACCUUGCUGCUUCCGGUCAUCUUUUCUGGAUGGCAAAGUUACUACUGGAAAAAUUCUUAUUUAUAAUUACUGAUUUUUUUUUUAAGAGUUUUAUUUUUUGUUUUAAAGAUUAACACUUCUUUCACCUCUUGGCUUUAGAGGACGUCAAAUUACCUGGAAAAAAGAUUUAUUUUAAAUAGAACAUUUUGAAUUAGUCUGCAGAUUUUAACGAUAGUAGUUCCUUUGUCCCCAGAUCUCAGGAAUGUUUUAGGCAGAGAACUGGCUUUCCCUGGUGGUGAUUUGAAGGCGUGUGUUUUAGGAUCUCUUAAAUAACACUGUUAUUAAUUGCAGUUCUAGGUAUCUAUAGCAUGAGUGGCCUUAAUGAGUUUGUUGGAGUGCACAUGUUUUUCAAGAGUAAAGUUUAAGAUUAAAUAUAUAUGCUAUAUAUAGAUAUCUAGAAAACUUGGUUGUGGUGCACAAUGUGUUGGAUCACUGAAUCGCAGGUACCCUUUUUUUUUUUUUUAAUAACAUCACUCGUUUCUGUAUAUUCCUUUUAUGGGGAAAUAUGUUGCCAUGGUGACUAAAACUUUUCAAUUUAGUUUUAUGUGAAUGAAUGCUACAUUUUAUUAAAUAUUACCAGGUCAGUACUAUUUUUAUACCUUAUUAAGCAACAGGGGUUUUAGUUUAAUAGGCUCAAAAUAAAAAAGUUUAAAAAACCUUAAUGGAAUAAUUACAAAUGAAUCACUAACGUUCUUUACAGGAAAAUCCCCACUACUAGUGCCACAGGAAUUUCUGUAGAAAUAUCUAGUUCAUUAAUAGAUUCUGAAGACAGUUCAUUGAGUCGGAGCGACCUUUCAUAUCAUCCUCACCUACUUGUAGUGGCCGCCGUUAUUUGUAACUGUAAACCACACUAAGUAUGUUUGUAACCAGCAUUGUGAUACAUUCUGUACUCGUAUUGCUAAAUGAAUUAUUGACCUAAUAAAUAGAGUGUUCCUGCAUUCA